AUGGCCGCCACUUACGACGUACAAACAUACCUGCUGGAUAGAGCCAACAUCAGACACUAUCGUUCGGACGAUGCACCUAUUCAAUUCGAUACUGGUGCGACCACCGAGACGAUUAAUUCUGUUUACACCACGGAGAUCCACCUCGAUUAUGACCAGCUUCUGGGCUUCUCCCCCGAGGUGAUCUCCAGUGAGGCCUGGGCUAAGAGAUGGAUCAAAUUCAUAAGCCGUUUGAAGAAACGCAACAUGUCAUCCAGUGAGGCUCAAACCCCAUCCCCUGGUAAAAAGAAAACUAUGACUCCUGUCAAAAAUAGAAAUAUCUUGAUUGACCUGCCGCAGCCUACAGGCAACAAUCUCACUACCCGUCCGGACCGCUGUCAUGUUUCUGCAUACGCGCAUGGCUGGUUCUACAAUCGAGACGCGAACAAAUUUCCCCGCCUCAUGGCGAGACGUCAGGGGACUCAAGGAGUUGGAAGAGAAAGGAGAAAGUCCCUGGAGAAUAAACAAGCAGUAGGUGAGGCUGUCAUGGCAGGAUAUUCCUACGCAUUAUUGGUCACCUGGGAAACUGCCCAAGUGACAGGUCCACCGUCUACCCAUCCUCCUGAGUUCCGCCCCCAGCCCCGCCUUUUACGCAACCCCCAUAUCAACGAAGUGCCUUCUCAAGUGACUACACAGGAUGCAGAGACGAAAUCAGAGAAGGAGAAUCCCCAGUUCUAG